UACGCUCAGAGUAUUCCGAGCAGCGGUCCCGAACGGUCCUGUGUUUUAUUUUCCGCGAGAGAGUAUUUAAAUAUAUUGCCCAAAAAUGGAUCUAAUGCGACAAAUUCUUUGAAACGAGUCACUGGCACGACCAUCAACUUUGAUUCUAUUCGAUAAAGCGAACAUCAAUCCUGGAGUGAAUCAGAAAGAUGAGAUUUAGUUAUUUGUGCUUGUUAUAAAGAAUAUUUCCAACAUAUUUAAACUGCACUUCUUUUCAAAUUUAAUGUGGCUCAAAAUAUGGUCUUUAAAAGUGGUGCGAUUGUGUAAAACGAAUUUAACUGCGAAGCUGUGAUUUUCAAUAGUGUAGUGUAACGUAACCCGGAAGUGAUCUCUGAAUUCGUUUGUACUAUAAAUUUAAACCAUGGAUCCUAAAUCAGAAGUGCCCGUCGUGGCACGCCGACGCCGUAAAGCAGCUCGGCAGAUGCGAGAAUCUACUCCGGACCCGUCAAGAGCAGAUGGUUCUUUAGAUAGCUUCGGAAGUCAAAGUCAAGCCUCUGACGAACAGAGUGGUUCGGAGAAUAGAAGCACCGUCGAAUCUAGUCCACAAGGAUCGGUUAAAGGCAGUAAGAAAAGUUUUCUCGAACGUGCGAUGGAUUAUAGUAGCCACCGGAAUAAAAUUCUCAAUCGAAAGGAUAAGAAGCUUUCGGCUGCCGCGCCGAGAAGCCGCUCGGUACCACGUGAUAGCGAGGAGGUGCCAAGCAGUCCGGAGAUUUUUUCGCUGCUUCGUCGUGCCAAGAAAAGUCUGACCUCACGUAAACCGAAAACAGACGAUUCCAGCGAUGGUGGCAGAAUUUCCGACACCGAAGUCCGCAAGCGCCGUGAACGCAUCGAGCGGUACCAAACGGAACGUAGCAAAGAAAACGAAUCACGCUCUUCGCAACUUCAGGCAAAUCUGACCCGGUUUAACGAAGAACGACGAAAGUUCGAGCUAGAAAAGCUAAAGUUUCUCCAGGAAAAACGAGAACUGGAUCGAAUGCGGCUACGGCGUUUCGAUAAAUAUCGCGAGGAACUGCUUGAAGAACAACGACAAAAGCUUCAGGUGGAAUUGCAGAAUCGCGAGCAGGAAAAUGCACGAUCCAAAAGCAUCGAAGCUCCAAUUUUACCACCAGCUCCGCCGACACGUUCCAAAACUCCAGUUUCGCCGGGUGCGAUAAAGAAGAAACUGUUGAUUAUUCCGAAAACUUCCAGUGCUUCCGCUUCAAGCAGUGAAGAUGAUGGAAAAAAUACCAGCGACGAGGAGAAGCUGGCCACUGUGCGACGACGAUUUUCUCCUCGGAAGCCGAAACGACCAAGAUCGGUUAGAGUGGAACAUUUGAAGGUAACGAAAACUCCAGAACUGGCAACGUCUCCCGAACCCGAAUCCGAGUUGCCGUCUGAUUUUCCACCGGAAGCUGAACCUAUCGUUCCAGAUGUGGCUACCGUUUUGCCAGUGGAGGAAGUCAUUAUUGCUCCUGAAAUUAGAAUUGAAGAUGAGAUGGUACUGACACAGCGGAAGGUUGUGAAGGUAGAUGAUAUAGAUUCGAAGGAGAUUGUUGCGUCUACUCAGGUCGAGAAACAGGAGGAAGCUGAGGAGAAAAAAUGUGACGUAACAAAAUUGAUUGCUUCAGACGACAAACCGGUCGAAGGUCCAAAAGAAAAAAAACGAAGAAGAGCAUUGGUGAUUUAUGUCGAGAAAGAAAACGAUCAGUUUAGCUGGGCGGAGAUAUUGGAGGAGGUCAAAGACUAUUGGCUAGAUUUCUUAGAUGACACACCGUUAGAGGUGCAACGAAUAAGACUGCAAGGAAACGAAUGCUUGUUCUACUUUGGGGUCUUGGUAAUGUUGUGUGGGGUAGGGGGAAUAAUCUUUCGGGUAACGGAAGGGACUUUCGAGUCACAGUACAAGUGUGGCGUAAAACGAGUUAAGCGGGAUUUCAUCGAUCAUCUUUGGCUUUCCAGUCAUAAUCAGAAGGAAGAAGACUGGAAACAAUCUGCUAGGGUUCGAUUGAGAAAAUUCGAAGAAGAACUGCAGGUCGCCUUCGAGGCCGGUAUGAAAACCUACAGCGGCAACACAGCGUGGAACUUCAUCAACGGAGUGAUUUACUCCCUGACGGUGGUAUCUACUAUCGGAUAUGGACACAUCUCACCUUCAACGACGACAGGCCGAGCAUUGACGAUCAUCUACGCUAUUAUCGGAAUACCGAUAUUUCUAAUCGUUUUGGCUGACUUUGGAAAACUGUUCACGCGAGGAAUUAAAUUCCUUUGGGCUUAUGUACGUCGAUUGUACUAUACAGGAUCCUUCCGUAAAGUUCGCAAAACAGCACAAGUGAAGGAGGUGAUGAAGGGUUUAAAUGUAGUUUAUGACAUGGUUCGCCGUCCCAGCGGAGAAAACGAACUACAACCAACUGACGCAAAACCUACUGAUCAACCCGCUCCAUCAACUUCUGCAGAAAUUCCUCCAACUUGCGAAUCUCCCACUACGCCCCUUCCGGAAACUUUCGAAAUUGAUGAUGAAUUCAACUUACCGAUUUCCGUUGCUAUUUUUAUUCUGGUCGCCUACAUGCUUUUCGGAGCCACUAUCUACUUCACCUGGGAGAACUGGUCGUUCUUUGAAGCGUUCUACUUUGUGUUCAUCUCCAUCUCCACCAUCGGUUUCGGAGAUUUCGUUCCUCAGCAUCCCAUCUACAUGAUGUGCAGCAUUUUCUAUUUAAUCUUCGGCCUUGCCUUGACCUCGAUGUGCAUCAAUGUGGUUCAACUUAAGCUAAGCGAUAGUUUCCGACAAGCAAGUGCGAAAAUUGGAGCCACCAUUGGACUACAGAUGGCGGAAGCUGCUUCCUUGCAGCAAUCCCAGAUGCACACUCCCGUGGAAUUGUCGGCGGUUCAUACGAGCACACCGUCCGCCAAUGGUGCACAGCAACCACCGAAUGGAGAUGCGACCAUGCUUUCGGUGCCUUCGGAGAGAGUCGGUUCUGCGGGUAUUUCUAGCAAAGAUGACAAAAAGGAUUAAUGUUUCGCUAAUAGUUACUUUCAUGACUGACGUUUAACGUAUCUUGUGUGUGAUUACGAGUGGACUAAAGCCACUUUUUAUAUAGAAUCAACAAAACCAUGCACAAUCGCCGUGAUUCCCGAAUAUGGCACUGAUAAAUUUAGAGUUUUCGAAUAUCUUGCGUGUAUUUAUAAUAGUAUGUAAGAAGCAACAGUACCAAAAAUUUAUUGUUUAUGUUUUUACGGAAUAUUAUGUUGUUUUUGAAGAUUAUGAUUACAAAUCUAUGUUGAACUACUUUUCGAUAUAAUCUCUUAAGAGUUUGUUUGAAUACGGUAAUUGAAUAACUUAGAAAAGCAGCUACUAAAUUGUGAUUGAAGUGCAUAGCUUUCUGAAGCAAGAUUUUAGCAUUGUAUUUAAUCAUGAUGUUUUUAUAUAUCUUUGAAUAAAAGCAUAAAGUGAUCAGAUUCGUAUAACAGACAUAAUUGGUGGUAUUAAAUUUUAUCCGCAUCCGUCUUCUAGUUCCGGAAUACGCAGUAAAAACUUCAGGGUAGAGCGUACAAGUGAAAAUUCGUUAAAAAUUACCGUUGCGUACGAUUUUGCACGCAUGAAUUAUCAUUGUAACAUAUGGGCUGAAAAGUCCUGGGCUUAACAAAGAGAACACGAUUUUUUGAUUCAAAAUUAAUUUUAUUCAUCAACGUAAAUUCCAUCUAGAACAACGCAAUCAUUCCAGCGCCGCUCUAACAUUUGAAUACCACUUUGGUCUUAGUUUCAGCGAUAACCUCUUCAUUCGUGCAAAAUUUCUUACCGGUGAGAUUUUUUUCAGGUCUGUGAACAGCCAGUAGUCGCUGAGAGCCAAAUCUGCCGAAUACGGUGGAUGUGGGAGCAAUUCGAAUUUCAAUUCAUGUAGUUUUGCCAUAGUUUUGAUUGACUUGUGACACGGUGCGUUGUCUUGAUGAAACAAAUUUUUUUCUUUGUUAUAUGCCUUC